ACUAACACUUAUACAAGUACGACGCAAGGAAACACUGGGUCAACAAUUAUUGCAUAAAUCAAGAUACGGAAGUAUUUUUCAUAAGAUAAAUUAAUUUGUAAAAGUUUUUUUCAUUAAAAAAUGGAACAAUUAACAAAAGCUGAAACUAUUGAACUUCGCAACAAACAUGUUGGAAAAUCUUGCACCUUAUUUUAUCGUGCAAAUCCUUUGAAAAUUGUUCGUGCCGAAGCACAAUACAUGUACGACGAAAAAAAUCAAGAAUAUUUGGAUUGUAUUAAUAACGUUUGUCAUGUUGGCCAUUGUCAUCCAGAAGUGGUCCGUGCAGGUUGUGAUCAAAUGAAAACAUUAAACACGAACAAUCGUUUUCUCCAUGACAACAUAGUGUUAUGCGCCCAAAAAUUAAUCAAAACUUUACCAGAACAAUUAUCCGUUUGUUACUUUGUUAAUUCUGGAUCAGAAGCAAAUGAUUUGGCAAUUCGAUUAGCACGUACCCACACGAAGAACAUGGAUACGAUAACACUCGACCAUGCAUAUCACGGUCAUUUGAAUACACUGAUUGACAUCUCACCCUAUAAAUUCAAUUUGCCUGGAGCUCCAAAUAAACCAGAUUGGGUUCAUGUGGCGCCAUGUCCAGAUUCGUAUCGUGGAAAAUAUCGUGAUACUAAAUAUUCCAAAAACGAAAUAGGAACCAAAUAUGCAGAUGAUGUCAAAGAAAUAUGUGAUAAAGUAAAGAGUGAAGGGCGUGGAAUUUGUGCUUACAUUGCAGAGAGUUUACAAAGUUGCGGUGGACAAAUUAUUACACCUGAUAAUUAUUUCCGUGAAGUAUACAAGCAUGUACGGGCUGCAGGUGGAGUGUGUAUUGCCGACGAAGUACAAGUUGGUUUUGGACGGGUUGGCAAAAAAUAUUGGGCUUUUCAAUUAGCUGGUGAUGAUGUCAUUCCAGAUAUUGUUACUGUUGGAAAACCAAUGGGUAAUGGACAUCCCGUGGCAGCAGUUAUUACAACACCUGAAAUUGCGAAAAGUUUCUUGGACACUGGUGUGGAAUACUUUAAUACGUAUGGAGGAAAUCCCGUAUCCUGUGCCAUAGCAAAUGCAGUUAUGGAUACGAUUGAAAAAGAAAAAUUACAAGCACAUGCCCUUGAAGUGGGUGAAUAUUUAUUGAAAAAAUGUGAGGAGUUAAAGGAAAGACAUCAAAUCAUUGGAGAUGUUCGUGGAAUUGGUUUAUUUGUUGGAAUUGAAUUAGUCACAGAUAGAACAACAAGAUUACCAGCUACAUCACAAGCAAAACAUGUUGUUGCUCGAAUGAUGGAAGAAAAAUUCUUAGUAAGCAGUGAUGGUCCCGACUGUAAUGUUAUCAAACUAAAACCACCAAUGGUAUUUUCGAAGAAAAAUGCUGAUGAUUUACUUACAGUCUUCGAUCGAGUAUUAGAAGAAGUUCGAUAUGAAAUUUGUACACCAGUACGAGACACCAUUCGACAAACAUGUGUUUCCAGUGCGCAUAGUGGCUUAGUGAAUGGUAUAAAGCAGCCUAAAGAACAAGCAAUUAAGUCUAUAUAAUUAUUUAUAUGAGCUUACUACUUAAAACUUUAUUUAUGGAAAUGUAUUAAGCUAGAUAUAUUCAGUUUUAAACCAUGAUUCUCGUCGUGUUAACAGUCGAAAAAUAAGAGGUAGUGGGAAAGUAUUUCUUUGUUUUUUUAUAUUAGCUACCGUGAUUUUAUGAAACACAACCUGUCAACUUCUUUCAAUUAGCGUAAUUUGAAUUUUACACGUUAAAUAAAAGCUAUAAGAUAAAUUAAAGUAGUUCUGUUUGAGCAAAAACGGUGAGUGUUCUUUUUUUGCGGUAAAUGAUAGUUCAAAGCCAUUUGAUCACAAUAAACACAGUUU